GCAGCCGCUUCCAGGCUGUCAGGCACUAGCUCCCACCUCCAGAAGCUGCCUACAGACAGAGGUCCUGCAUAUCUCACACACUAGUACAAGGCCACAAAACCAUGAGUCAGGACAACAAGGUGAAGACAUCCGAGUCCAGCCCCCCUGCCCCGGUCAAAGUCAGGAAGUCGCUGCCUGUGCUAGACCCAUCCGGGGAUUACUACUACUGGUGGCUGAAUACAAUGGUCUUCCCAGUAAUGUACAACCUCGUCAUCAUCGUAUGCAGGGCCUGCUUUCCUGAUUUACAGCACAGCUAUCUGGUGGCCUGGCUUGUGCUGGACUAUACGAGUGACCUGCUCUACCUGCUAGACAUCGUGGUGCGCUUCCACACAGGUUUCUUGGAGCAGGGUAUCCUGGUGGUGGACAAGGGUCAGAUCUCAGGCCGCUAUGUACGCACAUGGAACUUCGUGUUGGACCUGGCUUCCCUGUUACCCACCGACCUGGCCUACUUGCGGCUGGGCCUGCACACACCCACGCUGAGGCUGAACCGCUUUCUGCGUGUGCCCCGCCUGUUCGAGGCCUUUGACCGCACGGAGACCCGCACAGCUUACCCAAAUGCCUUUCGCAUCGCCAAGCUGAUGAUUUACAUUUUCGUAGUCAUUCAUUGGAACAGCUGCCUGUACUUUGCUCUGUCCCGGUACCUGGGCUUUGGGCGCGAUGCGUGGGUGUACCCAGACCCUGCACAGCCUGGCUUCGAGCGCCUGCGGCGCCAGUACCUCUACAGCUUUUACUUCUCUACGCUGAUCCUGACUACGGUGGGUGACACGCCACUGCCGGCCCGGGAGGAAGAAUACCUCUUCAUGGUGGGGGACUUCCUGCUGGCUGUCAUGGGUUUUGCCACCAUCAUGGGUAGCAUGAGCUCUGUCAUCUACAACAUGAACACUGCGGACGCAGCUUUCUACCCAGACCACGCACUCGUCAAGAGGUACAUGAAACUACAGCACGUCAACCGCCGGCUGGAACGACGAGUUAUUGACUGGUAUCAGCACUUGCAGAUCAACAAGAAGAUGACCAAUGAGGUAGCCAUCUUACAGCACUUGCCUGAGCGACUGCGGGCAGAAGUAGCUGUGUCUGUACAUCUGUCCACUCUGAGUAGAGUGCAGAUCUUCCAGAACUGUGAGGCCAGCCUCCUGGAGGAGCUGGUGUUGAAGUUGCAACCCCAGACCUACUCUCCAGGCGAGUAUGUCUGCCGAAAGGGAGACAUUGGUCGAGAGAUGUACAUCAUCCGUGAGGGUCAACUGGCUGUGGUGGCAGAUGACGGCAUCACGCAAUAUGCUGUGCUUGGUGCAGGUCUCUACUUUGGGGAGAUCAGUAUCAUCAACAUCAAAGGGAACAUGUCUGGGAACCGUCGCACAGCCAACAUCAAGAGCCUGGGUUACUCAGACCUGUUCUGUCUAAGCAAGGAGGACCUGCGGGAGGUGCUGAGUGAGUAUCCCCAGGCCCAAGCUGUCAUGGAGGAGAAAGGCCGCGAGAUCCUGCUCAAGAUGAACAAGCUGGAUGUGAAUGCAGAGGCAGCUGAGAUAGCCCUGCAGGAGGCCACAGAGGCUCGCCUGAGAGGCCUGGAUGAGCAGCUUGAUGAGCUGCAGACCAAGUUCGCUCGCCUCCUGGCCGAACUGGAGUCCAGCGCACUCAAGAUUGCAUACCGCAUAGAGAGGCUGGAGUGGCAGACUCGAGAGUGGCCGAUGCCAGAGGGCCUGGUUGAUGCUGACGAUGAGGAGGAGCCUGGAGAGGGGACUUCUAAGAGUUUGGAGGGCAAGGCCUGAGAAGAGAGGUAGCAGGCCCAGAAUGACCUCUUUCCUCUCCCCAGGACCCUCACCUCCAUGUGAAUGCAGAGUUUGAGGAAAG